CACCAGACACAAUAAUAUCGGGGGGGAGGACGGUGGAUUAACUGCACAAAUUGAGAUUAUUAAAAUAAAAAAGAGCAACUGUGAAGAAGGGAUAAAAGGCAAGAUGAUAACGCCCUAUUUCCUGGAAAAUUUCUGGGGUGAAAAAAACAAUGGAUUUGAUGUACUGUACCAUAACAUGAAACAUGGCCAGAUAUCCAGCAAGGAGCUAGCAGACUUCAUCAGAGAAAGAGCGACCAUAGAGGAGGCGUAUUCAAGAUCAAUGACCAAACUGGUUAAGACUGCCAGCAACUUUUCUCAGCUAGGGACAUUUGCACCGGUGUGGGAUGUUUUUAAACAGUCCACAGAGAAACUGGCAGCGUGUCACAUGGAGCUGGUCCGCAAGCUGCAAGAACUCAUCAAGGAAGUCCAGAAAUAUGUGGAGGAACAAGCCAAAAAUCAUAAGAAGACAAAAGAGGAGGUGGCAUCCACACUGGAUGCUGUACAGAAUAUCCAGAGUGUGUCACAGGCCUUACAAAAGAGCAAAGAGAACUACGCCAACAAGUCCCUAGAGCAAGAGCGGAUGCGUAAAGAGGGAGCCGCACAAAGAGACCUGGACAAGGCUGGAUUGAAGGUCAAAAAAGCCACUGAGACCUACAAAUCAUAUGUGGAAAAAUAUGCCACUGCGAAGACAGAAUUUGAGCAAAAAAUGACUGAAACUGCACAGAAAUUACAGGCCAUUGAAGAAGAACAUAUCCUGCGUAUGCAGGAGAUUAUCCAUUCAUACUCUCAGUCUGUUGAUGAGACACACAUGCAGAUCGGAGAGGUGCAAAAUGAGUUUGUGAACAACAUGGAGAACACUUCCGUUGAGAUCCUCAUACAGAAACUAGCAGAAAGCAAAGGGACGGGCAAAGAGAGACCAGGGCCCAUUGAAUUUGAGGAAUGCAAUGUUUCCAUUGCCACAGAAGGUGCCAAACCAAGAAAAAGAAAGACCUUUGUAAUUCCAGGCCGACGAAGAGACAAAGACACAGAUUCCACUGAAUCGGCUGAAGUAGAAGCUGUUAACGCUUCCAAUGGAGCUCCCCCGGGUUUAUAUGGUGCUAUAGAUCUUCAAAACGCUAAUGUGCCUCAGAUGGAUGAAGAGGGCUUCUGUAUUCGGCCUGAAGUCAACGAGAAUGAUGCCAAAGAGAACUCCUUUUAUUCGUCCAGUGACUCAGAGGAUGAAGAUGAGCCAAGGAAGUUCCAUGUUAAGAUCAAACCUGUGCAGACCAACAAUGGCACACACCAGCACAAAGCCAACAUUGACGAGCUGAAGGCCUCUAUUGGAAACAUCACCCUCUCGUCCAAUGCUGUUCAUAUGAAGAGGAACCAAUCCAGAAUGACACGACAACACACAUACCCAUCUAUAAACCCACAGACAGGUGAUGAACUGGGACGACCUAAAAUAUCACAAACACCAUUUAACGAUAGAUUAGACCUGCUGUCUUUGGAUCCAUUUGGCCCAACCAGCACUGGCUCUGCCUCUUCUGUACCUCCCUCAUCAGACCUGGCUUCCCUCUUAUUAUCACCUUUCCCUACAUCUCCCCCACUGCAGUUAAAUGAUGAGGUCUUUGAAGACCCAGAAGUGGAUUUGCUGUCGGAGCCCACCUCUCUUUCAGCUGUCAGUCUUGAUGUUGCUGAGGCUCCUGCUCUUCCCCUUCCAUGCAAAAUCCCUCCUUUUAGCCUUGCCAUCUCAGGCCCCCCGCUGUUCCCUACCCUCCUCUCUCCUCCAUCCACCUCUCCUUGGGAGCUCCCUGAUGAGGCUUUUGCCCUCCUCAACCCUGCUCCCACUAGAGCUAUGAGUGUGCCUCCAGCCCUACAGGCUGCUCCUAAGAACUACACUACCCAAAAGCCCCCUCUCAGUGCUCCCGUCACUGGUCCAGACAUGCUUUCUUCUUGGGCCCAGAGCCAAUGGAUUGCCUUUAAUGAUGCCUUUGUGCCAUGCUGUGGACCAUCCCAUCAGCCAGCAAGGCCUCAGUCAGUGCCCGUGUCUCAACAGCUAAAGCUUUUCUCCAGAGAGCCUACAGACCCAUUUGCGAAUAUUAGGAGAGAUGAAAUUGCCUCCUCUCUGAAGGAAGCAGCAGCCAGACCCAUGCAGGAUGUACCACCCCCAAACAGGCCAACCACUCCCCUGGGCACAGCAGGUAUAGUGCCACCUCCAAGACCAUUAUCACGGCCCAAACUGCCUGCAGGAAAGCUGACAGGCAUCAAUGAGACUGGCCGACCAUUCAGCCCUUCUAAGCUGUCUAACUCGAGCCCUCCUUCUGCUCCCCUGGCUCGAGCUGAGAGCUCCUCCUCUCUCAGCUCCAACACCUCACUGAGCACCAGCAACACACCGACUGUUGAGGACGAUGUGUUUGUGGGGAAACUGCCCACAUUUGAGAAGAGAUGUGAGACUCCUGCAGGGACAUCUCGUGGGCCCAGUCCAGUGACACUGGCUUCCCAGGAAGCAUUGCCCAUAGCUGUGGCAUUCACAGAGUCAGUUAAUGCCUAUUUCAAAGGAGCAGAUCCCAGCAAGUGCAUUGUGAAGAUCACUGGAGACAUGACCCUCUCCUUCCCCAGUGGCAUCAUCAAGAUUUUCACCUCAAGUCCUUCUCCUGCCAUACUCAGCUUCAAACUCUUAAAUACUACCAGACUAGAGCAAAUCAUGCCCAAUCAGCAACUACUGCACAGUGACUCCGCCCAGAGUGACACAAACACCAAGGACUUUUGGCUGAACAUGCCUGUACUGACAGCAUAUCUCAGAAAGAGCUCUGAGCAGAACCCUGCUGCAUCCUAUUACAAUGUGGAUAUUCUUAAGUACCAAGUAUGUUCAAAUGGGAUUCAGUCAACACCUCUGAACCUCGUAGUGUAUUGGAAAUGCGGCCCUAGUACCACAGACCUGCGGGUGGACUAUCAAUACAACCCAGAAGCCAUGCAGCCUCCAGCAACACUCACCAACGUACAGGUGUUAGUGCCCGUCAAUGGUGGAGUCAUCAAUAUGCAGUCGAUCCCAAACGCCAUCUGGAAUACAGAACAGAAUAAGUCAUUAUGGAAACUGAGUGACAUCUCUGACAAGUCUGAAAAUGAAGGCUCUGGUUCUUUGAGGGCAAAGUUUGAGCUGUCCGAUGGCCCAUCCAUCCCUGCCACCCUGGCUGUUCAGUUCUUCAGCGAAGGCAGCUCUAUGUCAGGUGUUGACAUGGAACUAGUAGGCUCUGGUUACAGACUCUCCCUCAAUAAGAAGAGAUUUGCCUCUGGUCGCUAUAUGGCAGACUCUUGAGUUCUGAGAAGAGGCCCAUCCACUGUCAAAUGCAGGGAAUCUGGAGUUUAAUUUCUGUUCAUUGAUGUAUUCUCUCACUGGUUCUGUAUUAUAUUUAUGGAAGAUCUUUGAGGGGAUGGGACAAGAGGGCUAUCUGGGUGAAGGCCUCUCAUGCAUCUGUUUCCUCUGCAUGUCCUGAAUGAUGGAGUUGCAGUGAAACAACUUUCUGGAGAUGGGAGGUUUUUAUACUAUAGUAACGUAGCACUGAGUAUCAAACACUGUAAAAAAUAAAACAAAAAAGUAAAAAGAAGGAAUGUCAAGAUAUUGGUAAAUGAAAUCAUUAAUCUUUGAUCAUUUUUGAUCUAUUCAGACUUUUAUAAAGUCUGAACAGUAGUGCUUGGUUAUUUAUAUGUAUUGUUAACAAUUUGUAAUAUGAAUUAUAUAUGUAUAAACACAGCAUAUCUAAGCAAAAAAAAAAAAAAAAAAGGAUAAAAAAGCACUGCACUAACAAUCUUUCUGGAUAUUUAAAAGCAUUCAUUUCUCCUUUGUAUUCACUUAAAAGUCAGUUACAAUGACAAUGAAGAGAACAAAAGGAGAAAAAAAUAAGGAAAACAGGUGAGACAAGAGAUAAUGCCUCAGCAAUAUAUCACUUCAUGCUCACAAGAAUGCCUUACUUUUUGUCCAAAACAUCUUUGGUCAUUUACAUAGCGGAGCUUAAAAUUUUUCCUCAUUUCGUUUGAUUUCAAGUGUUCCUUUCUACUUUUAUGUUGUUGUUGUUUUUUGUUUCAUUAUGAAUGUGCAAUGAAGGUAUAAGCUUUCAAAAUGUAUGGAUUUUUGUUCUAGUUUAGUGCCAUUUUCACCUUAACGUUGACAAGAGAACUUGUUAGUUGUGUUGUUUGUGUAACAGCAAAAGGAAACUUAUACACUGACCUCAGUGCCUCUUUUAUUUCUUAAAUAUGUCUAUGUUUCUGUACAGUUAAGUAUGAAAAUCUUUUUCCCUUUUUUAAUCUUUUCAUGACUUUUCAUCAUACAACAUACUUUAUUUUUUAAGUGCCAGUUCAGUUCUAUACUUCCUGAUGGGAUAUUGAAGGGAAAUCAAGUUAAAAUUUGGCCUUUGACCUUCAAACUCCAAAGUACUUUACCCAAACAGGUCACUUCAUGGAAUUAUGUCAUUCUUAUAGACAUUAUCCAAUUGAAGUUGCCCACAUUUUUAAGCAAAUGCGCUGUGAAGGCCUUGUCGAUGCGGAAUUCUGCAUAAAUCCUACCAAAAUACCCAAUGAAUAAUGAGAAUUGUGAGCUUAUACUAACGGCAAACACUGACCUGGUGUAAAAUCUCUUGAUAUUUUGGAGGGAUCCUUAAUGAACAGACUAGAAAGUUGUGAAUAUUAGCAUAUUCGCUAAAUGAAUUACAAGCAUGCAAGCUAUUCGGUGUAGUUGAUUAACAAUGGGUACCAAUUUUUCAACUAAAGCCCAGUUCAGAUGGGAUUAGCUUUGUAUGGGGACGUGGUGUAGUGUAAUAAUUACAAAAGCUUCUCCAUGAUUUUAGAAGUUGUUUUUGGCUCAAGUUCUCCAAUUAAUGUCUCUGAGUGUAUUUGCCAAAUACAGAUUGAAAAGCACAAUAAGAUGCAAUGAGCCAAUAGAAUUACAGAAAAACUCUGCAUUUCUUACUGUCAGUUAUGGAUUUUAACACUUUUAUGGCUUUAUAUAUUUUAUAUAGUUUUGUACCAAAAGUUCAUCAACUUAUUACCAUCGAGGUUAUUCUGUCUUUAUUUCAUAGUAUGUGUUAGAAACCAGCGGUGAGCAUUCAAAGUGCUUUGAGAUGUCAGAAGACAACCCUGUCUUUCCCCCAUGCAAGGGUUAUUUGCCUUGUCCUCUGUGGACGAUAGCUUCACCAAGGGCUACACCAAUCUCCGAGAUCACCAUUUGUACUUUAAAAUGUAAAACACUAAAAGCCAACAAUGACGGACCUUGAUGAAUCUGGACAGUUUUAGAAUACUGUCUUGUUUUUACCAGGAACUUUUUUAUUUUUCACAGUAGCCUAACAGUUUUGUGGAGUAACAAAGUGAAGAUUUUAUACUGAGAAUCCUCACCCAUUCAUGUAAAGUUUUUAAAUUUGUGUGAUAUUAAUGAAUGUACAUUGGGUAUGAAUUUUGGUGUAGGUACUGUAUCAAAAAAAUACAGAGGCAGAAAUCAGCUGAUGAACAUCCAGGUCAAUGUAGCAUCCAAAUAUAAUACAUUAUUGGCUUCUUACAGUGAAUAUGCAUGAACUAAUUGUGUGGCUAGCAAGCUGGUUCUUGCUGCCUCUACAGCCAUCUCACGAAAGUCAUUCUGGAGCAUUAAAAACAGGUCUCUUCUUUGAUUUCUUUCUUCUUUUUAGGUCCACAUUCAAUCGCACAUUAAAAGGUUUGUGCAAGUAAUUUUUUUUGGUGUUCUCGCACAAUGUACAUUUUUACAAAGAUUUUGCCAUUUUCUCUACUUUAUGAUGCUCUGUGUCUGUAAUAAAUAUGUAAUAUAUAAAUCUAUACAAAUAUAAGAAAUA